AUCAGUGUUGUGGAUAAGUGUAUUCCUGGGUUUGCACAAGCUUUAAUGAUUGCCUUUUGUAAAACAUAUAUUUAGUUAGUGUAUAUUAUAGUAGCCUGCAUCUUCAUGAGGAUAUCUUGCGGCACCCCACCUUUAGCCUCUGUGUGUGUUAGUUAGGAGCUCUGGUGAUAAACCAUUAAAUAUGGCAACGUUGACGCUCAAUUCACAUUGUUAUCGACCUUCAAAAAUCAGAUCGCAGAUAUAUAUAAAGCUGAAGAUAAGUUGAUGUAGUUUAUCAACAUUUUGGUGUUUCAGAAAAACUGUGUCCAUCCGAAGGAUAAAAAAUGUUGGAACCGUUAUUAAGCCAACUGAACGAGAUGAGGAUAAUUCUAGCCAGUAGUUCCAAGCAAAGGAGGGCACUGCUGGGCAGUACGAAUCUCAAAUUUGAAGUAGUCCCAUCAGACUACGAGGAAAAUCUCGAUCCUAAACAACACACAUUCUCAGAAUUUGUAGAAAAAACUGCGAUUGGAAAACUGAACGAUGUGUAUGACCGUUUAAAAAACGAUGUGAAGAAACCCGAUGUUGUUAUUGGUGUUGAUACAAUGGUGGCUUAUAAUGGGCGAAUGUAUGGAAAGCCAAAGGACAAAGAAGAUGCCAUCCGCAUAAUUAGAGAUCUGACACAAUCAAAUCUACCGAAUUCAGUAUACACAGGAGUAGCUAUAAGGUACAAAGACAUCAUUCAUAAGUUUACAGAAGUAACCAAUGUCUACAUGCAUAAGUUGGAUGAAAAUGAAAUCUUGGCCUAUGUGGAAACAGGUGAACCGAUGGGAAAAGCUGGUGGAUAUGGGAUUCAAGGAAUAGCUAGUACUUUCGUCACUAGAAUAGAUGGAGAUUGUAACAAUGUUAUUGGCUUACCUCUUUGUAGAUUAUCCUUAGAGUUGAAGCGAAUUCUCGGUAAUAGUAUGGCUUCUAAUUCAAGAUAAAAUAUAAGAUGGUAAUAUCUCUAUGUUUUUUUUGCGUAAGUUUAUCUGUAUGAUCAGUUUUCUGUGUAUUUUUACCAAAAACGUGUAUGUGUAUGUAUGUGUACUGUCGAAAAUAAAAAAUUGAAAAAUAG